UAUUUGGAUACAAAGUCAGCCGUAGGAGUUGACAGCCUGGUCCAUGGAAUAGAUCGUCUUUUCUCCCAGGGAAAGGAAACAGGGAAAGAACCGAUUCGAUUCAGAUGAACGACAGGACGACUAACUGACCCAGCUGGGAGAACGAUUACAAGAGCAUCCUUCAGCGGAAUUUGAUGAUGUGUAGCUACAGCAAACGGGAAUAUUUCAGCGUUAUGAUACGCCCAUGCGACGAGAUGUGUGGAUGUUGUGAUGUGCGGUGAACGAUCCAGGCAACCACAAACAUACAUCCGAAUUCAGAAACCCGGUUGUUUUAACUGGAUGAACGCAUGAAUACUUGACAACUGAUCUCUGGAUUCUAAGAAAUAUUGUCGCAGGAAUUGGGUGGAUAUUAUUAUUAUUAUUGUUAUUGUUGUUGUUGUUGUUGUAAAGAUGGUGGACACAUCUUGUGUUGGCUUUUAUUUGGGCAACAUAAACACAUUAUGGAGAAUUUCGUCACCUAAUCGCUGCGACCUGGAUAAAAGUCAUCUUUAUGCAAGCUAUCCGCAUCACUCUCGUUCUUCAUAGAAACGAUCUCAGUAUCGCUGUUUCAUAAUACCGAGCCGAAGUUUCGCUUGUCAUACGUUUCAACUGACUCCAGCUUUAUGAAUUAACUGCUCUUUGUGACAAUAAAAUGUCUAUUGUUAAAAUGACAAUCGUGGACGAUGAGGACAAAAUGAUCGAAGAAAGCACUUGCACAUGCAGUUCAUAGAAAUAACACGAACCGACAGUCGAUUUGGCUUGUGACGUGGAUUAAACUGCAAACAGUAGACGUUUAGGUAGCUGUGGUAACGUUUGUCGAUGAAAUAUUAAUAGGUCAAAUAAAUGCCUUUCUUGAUAUGCAAAGCGAUAAAUAUGUGGCGUACAUUAUAUGUCGAUUAAUGCUAUUGACAACCACGGCUCUGCCAGCUCUGUGUUUUGAUUCUCGUCUUAAAAUGGACGCGCGCUUUGCUUUAACUGUCUUAUAGCAUUCGUGAUGUGCCCGGUUUAUACAACACAAGAGAAACUCGGUGACUAUUGCGAAUGUGCAAAUAAUUGUGGAGGUUUUGAGAUCGCGAGCUGGUGCCAUCUAUGUGAGCCUAUCAGAGCUGAAUGUCUGAGGAUGCCUUAAGCCUGCGCAUGUUUGUCUUUAAGUAUAUGAAUAUUCAUUAAAAUCCAAAUUGCAAAAAACAAAACAAAAACAAGAACAAGAGUAGCAUCGAUCAUAUACGUUUACAAAUAUGAGAGUUUUACAUGGAUCAGACUUGGAUGGAAUAACAUUCCAGUGCAAGCUAUUAGAACUUAACCCCAACUAGAACAUGACAUGUGAUGUAAGACACAUUAUUAGAAGACCCAUCUAGAUACUGUUUUAUCUUCAGCAAGAUUUGUUUACUUGUGGAUUCUGUUGUUAAAAAGACAAAUCAAGCAAGCAGUCUCCAAGGCCUUCAGUGAUUUUUCUGAUGGAAAAGCCCAAGCUGCAUCAAGCAACCAAAAAGAUAAGAUUCUCAAGGCUUGGUGAUCUGGAUAUUCUCACCUAAUCUCCAGGACUUUGGUUUCUCUAGGAAAAACUUGGUUCACACUCCAAAACCAUUUUCAGUGUCAUUUUCUUAGUCAUAUUAGAGCAUAUUAGAUCUCACAUUGACUGACUGAAAUGGCUCUAUAAAUGUUAAGACAACCACAAAGUGUGCUGUGGACAAUCCAAGCAGUCGUUGAGGACAGAGCAGGGGCAGCUCAGCAGAAACUUUAUUUAUUGAUUUCUUUCCUCAUCAAGAAUGCCUUUGCUCAGUAGAUGGGUUCUGCAUGGAUAAUGUGCGCAAGUUGACAGAGGGCCUCCUCCAGCUUUUAAGACCACAUCGCUGACCUGAACACUCAGUGAUGGACCCAUAUAUGAGACAGAGUGGAGCUGGAGGCAGUGCUGCCCCGCUACCAUGCACCAGCAGCGGAGGUUCCUGUGGACCCCCAGUUCCCCCUGCCCUACAAUCAAAUGCAAACUCAGUACCCUGCCUGACACAGAACAGCAGCAGCCAGAACUCCUGUACAUUUUCCUCCUCAGUGGGCUCCCCAGAAUCCCAUCUUUCUCAUCAUCAUGAAGGCAGUAACGUGUACUGGAUGGCUGUCUUUGAUUAUGAGGCCACAGCAGAUGAGGAGCUGACCUUGCGACGUGGCGACCUACUGGAGGUGCUCUCCAAGGACUCUAAAGUGUCUGGAGAUGAGGGUUGGUGGACUGGCAAGAUCCUGGACAAGGUGGGCAUAUUCCCUAGUAAUUAUGUGACCAGACGGGAUACCAGCUAUCCAGCAUUGCCUCCGGAAGGUCUGGUCGGUGGGGAGUCACCACUGGAGAUUGAUUUCUCAGAGCUGUGCUUGGAGGAGGUGAUUGGUGCUGGAGGCUUUGGAAAGGUGUACAAGGGUGUGUGGCGUGGUGAGGAAGUAGCUGUUAAAGCAGCUCGUCAGGACCUAGACGAGGACAUCAGUGCUACAGCAGAGAAUGUGAGGCAGGAGGCCAGACUCUUCUGGAUGCUCCGACACCGCAACAUCAUCUCUCUUCGAGGUGUUUGCCUGCGGGAGCCAAAUCUUUGCCUGGUUAUGGAAUAUGCCCGUGGUGGUGCACUUAACCGGGCACUUGCUGGGAAGAAGGUGCCUCCUCGGGUACUGGUGAAUUGGGCCGUGCAGGUUGCAAUGGGAAUGGACUACUUGCACAACCAGACCUUUGUGCCAAUCAUCCAUCGAGACCUCAAAUCCAACAACAUUCUGAUUCUGGAGCCUGUGGAGAGAGACGACCUGAGCGGGAAGACUCUGAAGAUCACAGACUUCGGCCUUGCUCGGGAAUGGCAUCGCACCACGAAGAUGAGCGCCGCGGGCACGUAUGCCUGGAUGGCUCCAGAGGUCAUCAAGCUGUCCCUAUUCUCCAAAAGCAGCGACGUGUGGAGUUUUGGAGUGUUACUCUGGGAGCUGCUAACUGGUGAGGUGCCAUACCGUGAAAUCGAUGCUUUGGCUGUGGCCUAUGGAGUUGCUAUGAACAAGCUGACCCUUCCCGUCCCCUCCACCUGCCCUGAGGCCUUCGCACAGCUGCUGGAAGAGUGUUGGUGUCCUAACCCACAUGGACGUCCUUCUUUUGGGAGUAUUUUGAAAAGGCUGGUGGACAUUGAGCAAUCAGCCAUGUUCCAGAUGCCCCUCGAGUCUUUCCAUUCCCUGCAGGAAGACUGGAGGCUGGAGAUCCAGCAGAUGUUUGAUGAACUACGAGCAAAAGAGAAGGAGUUGCGGUCCUGGGAGGAAGCUCUGGCGCGGGCAGCUGAGGAGCAGAGGGAGCAAGAGGAGCACCUGAGGAGGCGUGAGCAGGAGCUCGCCGAGAGAGAGAUCGACAUCGUGGAGAGAGAGCUCAACAUCAUCAUCCAUCAGAUGUAUCAAGAGAAACCACACGUCAAAAAACGCAAAGGCCACUUCAAAAAGAGCAGACUGCUCAAACUUGGCAGGGACAGCAACUGCAUCAGUCUGCCAUCCGGUUUUGAGCAUAAGAUCACAGUGCAAGCGUCCCCCAGUGUGGACAAGAGGAAAGGGCAGGGUAGUGAAAGCACCACUCCUCCGGCCAGCCCAGGGGUCAUCCCUCGCCUCAGAGCCAUACGCUUGACACCCAGUGAUGGAAGGAGGACGUGGGGCCGGACGGCAGUGUGUAAGAAAGAGGAUCUAGGGACCAAGAAGAAGGGCCGAACAUGGGGGCCCAGCUCCACACAUCAGCGGGAGAGAGUCGGUGGAGAGGACAGGUUAAAGUCACUCGGGGAGGGUAAGGUGUGGUCGUCCAGCGCUCCAAAUCUGGGGAAGUCCCCAAAACAUGCUCCGAUGUCAGCUGGAUUCUCAAGCCUAAAUGAAAUGGAGGAGCACAGUGAGUGUGACGACGGUUCCCCAGGAGGCCUGGCUCCUGACCUGGGCAGUAACGGAGCGAUGGAGGAGCUGGGUUCAGGGCCGGGAAUAGGCUCACAGGAUUCAGUUCGGCGCAGCAUCCAGAGGAAAAAGAGUGACCUGCUGCUGCUGGGCUGUGCCUCUGUACUGGCCGCUGUGGGCCUGGGCUCCGACAUCUUCCAGCUGGGACGACAACAGAUGAGUCAAGACGAGCAGGACCCGCGAGAGGAGCAGAGAAAGAAGAAGGAGGGUUUGUUUCAGCGCACGGGUCGAUUUAGACGCAGCACCUCUCCACCCAGCCGCACACUGUCACUCUCCCUGUCCCACAACCGCCAUCCCGACUCCAUCCUGCCCAGCAUGGACCCGUCUCCUUCUGUUACCCUCCUCUCUUUGUCCUCCCUCUCUGACUGCAACUCCACCAAGUCCCUGUUGCCCUCUGAUCCUGAUGACUUUGCCCCGACCCCUAGUAGCGCUCCCCCGGUGGUCUCUCUUGCACCGUCAUUAAACCCUCUGUUGGACCUGAGGGCCGAGAGUUUCAAACGAGAGCCCAAUCAGUCCCUCACACCCACCCACGUCUCUGCAACUAUGGCUUUAAACCGUGGGCACCGCCGCACACCCUCUGAUGGGGCCAUCCGUCCUCGAGCACAGACGGUCGUGGGGCAUCGACGCACCCCUUCUGAUGGGAGCAUGCCCUUCAUCCCCACACCAGCCCCGACCAUUACACCAUAUACAGGUUCCCGUGAAGCUCUCGACAUUCCACGCCUGCCUGACCCGUCUCUGGUCUACCCCACAGCCCAUCGCCGCAAACCUCCUCCUCCCAUCCCCGUGCCAGAGCCAGACAGCCAUACAGGCACACUCGAGCGUCCCAAAACCCUCGAGUUCGCUCCUCGCCCCCGACCAACCCCGGCUCGGGUACGUCCGGACCCCUGGAAACUAUCAUCUCUGUCCCAGACGCUCAGUUCGUCUCCAGGUAGCAGCUGUGACAGUCCGCUGGGCUCGGGUGACAGCGGAGUGAGCGCUGGAGUGGGAAUCGUCCAUAAAAGCCUUCUCGACAUGGACAUGGAAGGCCAGACCCAGGACAACACCACCCCCCUGUGCGGAAAACACCCACAGGCCACUCUAUGUGGUCAACAUUACUCAUAGAAAGACAGACACCCCACCGUCUGGUGCACCCUAAACAGCACUCUGUGGCCGUUGUAAGAGGUUUCCCCCACAGUUUGCCCCGUGAUCCCAUCAGACCACGUUCUCUGGCAGCUCUAAUGGAGAAGCUGCCCUCUGCAGUAGCUAGACAGACGCCUCCUGGACCGGUUAAGAGAUAAAUGACCUUGAUUUUGUGUAUCUCAGCCUGUCCGAAAUGACUCAUUCUCUGGGAGUUUAAUGGGCCUUAUAACGGCUGCGAUCGGUUGGUUAAACAGUGGCCUGUUAGUGAGCAGGAGAGGGCAGUCUAACUACUGUAGGUCUGUGACAUUCCUUGUUUGUCCAUAUCCAUAUUAUCAUAGGGCAAGUCUCUCUCGCCUCUUCUUCUUCAUCAUGGUCUCCAUGGGUAUAACCAGUUUUUUUGGCCUGGAAGAAAAAUUAUUAUUAUUAUUAUUAUUUUUUUUUUUUUUAUAUAUUUUUCAUCCCCUCCAGUGUGUACAUUGUAAAGUUCAGUGAUGCUUUCUGUAUUUACAUUCAGGAGAAUUGUGUAUGCAGUUAAUUGCAAUGAAACAGGGAGCUCUUUUCCGAGUUGCAUUCAUUUUAAUAUAUUGAUACAAUAUAAAAAUAGGUGUACCAUAAGAAUUUAAUAUUUUUCUUUUUUGGGGGAAAAACCUAACAUACUCAUCUCAAACUACUCUCUGCAUGACCUAAUCAGAAUGUGAGAGCAGUAUAAACGAGGAGAUGCUUUCUCUCCAUGUGUGGAGGUACUUGGCACUUUCCAAUGAUAGGGUACACUUCUUUGUUUUUGUUUUUUUAAACCAUUAGAGGCAUAAAUCUCAUGUUUUUUUUUUUAACUCAUCAUGAAUUAACCUAAAAUGGUAAUUUUGGCCUGUCCCACUUCAGAUAUAUAAUGAUAAAUUAUACAUAUACUGUACAUUCAAAACAUAUACACAUUAUACAUAUAACACAUAUAAACUGACAUUCAAUUCAUUGUUGUUUAUUGAUAUAAUUUAAUGACUACAAAAGUCUUGUCUCACAGUUUGUGCAUAACCCUGCAUGAUUUAAUACAUUUAAGCAGAAAAACCUACUUGCAUGUUCUCAAUGUUUCCACAAAUUGGAGUGAUGACUGCAUUUUGACCGGCACAGCUUUCAACUGUUACCUACGCUAUUAAAGAAAUAUCAUCUUAAAAUAUUUGUCUUUAGUUUAUGGGAGAUAAGUGCAUGGGAAGUAACUACGACUCACCAUAUCUAGCCCCUAUUGCUAGCUCCAUUAGCAACACACUUCUUUUCUUAAAUGUUGUAUUUUAUUUUAAUGUUUAUUGCAAACAAAUAACAAAAUCAGCCGAACCCUGGUUUUAAACUCUAUUUAGAGAUCCCAAAUCAAUUCUACACUAUUGUUCAAAAAUUUUGGAGUUGGAAAUAUAUUUGUAUACUGUAUAUUCUUGAACGAAGUCUCUUAUGAACACCGAGGCUGAAUUAAUUUGAUCAAAUACAGGGAAAACGAAACGAAAUUUGAAAUGUGUCCUGCCCCAAAUUGACGAACGAUAGUGUACAUGUCCCAAAUAUUGGUAAGAAGUUUCAAAUCUUACUGGAAAUGAAUAAAAUAUUUAAUUGAAUCAUUUCUGAAGGUUAAGCUUUUUUGUACCCUAUUCAUGGAAAGUGCUUCUUGCUGUGCAUGUCAAUCAGACUAAAACUGGAUGAGUAAGCCACUCACUCUAGUUCUAGUGUUUCAAGUGGAAAGCAUUUAUUCCUCCUCUCUUCUGAAAAGCCUCUGAGAAAUGGGAAAAUUGGGGUUUUUGUAACAAUUGGCAAUAAAAGGCAAACAUGUACUACCUGUUUUUUCUUCUGUACCAGAAAGACACUUGCUUACCUCCUUAAGUGAUGUUCUUCCUCCACCUACUGAACAAUUCAACUGAAGAGACACCACAGAGAGCAUUCUGAAGGAGACUGUCAUGUCAGGGCACAUGGAAAGAGACGUGAUGAGAUCUUUGAUGACGUUACACUUGUGCAGGAAAUACAGGAUGUUCAUUUGGCGGACUGAAUGGUGCUGAGAAAUGCACACUGGAGGGUUGUCAAAUUCGUUGUGCUGAACUGUUAAACCUGGUAGUAGACAGUAUUUAUUUUUUGACUGUCCACCAAUGAGUAUGCCUGUAUGUGAGUUUGUGUGUGUGUGUGCGCGCGCGCAUGUGGUUUUGUGUUCUUAUUGUUAUCAUUUUUAUGGGGUCAUUCUGUGUGCAGGGGUUGAAUAAACCCACCCCCUUAUUUCCUGUGUGAGGGAACACUAAGAGUAUUUAUUAAAAUAAUUGUUACAAGCA